GUACACGAGGGGUUAUAAUUUCCCACGAUAUUUGUUAUGAUUUUAUAACUUGUAGAGAAAACAUUGAAAAUUGGCAAAGACCUAUUGAUUCGCAAAUCUAGUUUUUUGUUAAAAUAAUGAGCAAAUAAACCAGUCAAAUCAAAGUGGUUUAUAUGAUUUCAUACCUAACCAAUAAAAAUUGAUCGGUCCAUCCUCGACUGUCCAAGCAAAUGAGCUAUAGAGAGAGUAGAAGACUUCAAAAUUCUUUCUCCUCCUCCUUUCCUUCCUAUUUCCUCUCUAUGGCUCACAAACGACCUCAUCAUUUACCUCCUCUUGCUACCACUCUCCCAAUUACUUGGUUGAAUACUUGUGUCUGUGGGAUUUAUGCCACUCUCUCAACUUUCCUAAUCACGACUCAUUUUGUAGUUUUUUUCCUGUUUUUCUUUGUUUCAAACCCUCUUUCUUUUAGCCAUGUCUCGUAUAAUCAUUGACCCGACCAGUGCCGUGGCUAGUACUGAUGCAGAUCAUGAUAAUCCUCCCAACAAUCUCCGCCAGUACUGCUCGUCGCUCCCGAUCCUGUCCCCUUUCUCGAAUGAACAAGACGAGAAGGGGGACAACGACGAACAACCUGAUGGUCAGAAUGACGAUCAGGAAGAUAAUGAUCCAGUGCGGCAGCAGGUGUUCUCCCCUGCCGGAUCAGGUUGUAUGAAACGAGGGACCGUGAUCAAUGAGGUGGAUUUCUUCUCCAACGACCUCCUCUUUUCCAAGAGAGAGGAAGCAACAGCUCCAAUUGGGAGUAGUAGUGGUGCGGCCAUGGAUGAUGGGAUCAUCAACAACAUGAUCUUAAUGCUGCAAGAUGAUCAGAUCAGCACUGACGGCCACGCCUCGCCCCUUGUAAACACGGGGCUGAAUCUUUCUACGGGGAGCGACAAAUCGAGCGCAUUAAUAGACGACGGAGACACAGAAGAUCACCGCAACAGAAACAAGUUGGCCAUAUUGCAGGCCGAAAUGGAGCGCGUGACAGCAGAGAACCAGCAGCUGAAAGCCAUGUUGAAUCAAGUGAAUUCCAACUACCAGACCUUGCAGAUGCAACUCCUCACCCUCAUGCAGCAGCAGCAAAACCACAAACAUGGUCAUCCCAAACCCAACACCGAUCUCGAGAUGAAAAACAACAAUAAGAAGAAGAAGAAAAACGGUUUGGGCGUAGCGGACGACAGGUCGCAGUCGACGUCCGACGAAGAGAGGUCCGCUGACUGCUCCAUAUUCACUCCGCCGGGAAACAACAUAGUGGAGUCCAUGGACCGCAAGUCUUCGUCGUCGUCACCAAAGGGCAGCAACAGUACUCCGACCAACAACAACGUCAUCAUGACCAGAAGCAGCACCGCAAGGGAGAAUCACAACCAUAAUGGUCAAGAUCAUAACGGGAAUGCCACUAGUACAGGUCAAGAAAAUGGCAACAUUCAGCAACAACAAGUGUUUGAGCAGGGUGGUUGGGCCGCGAACAAGAUCCCUAAGUUUGACAAUUCAUCACAAUCGUCAGCAGAUGCAGAAGAGCGCAGAGCUGAGACGCUUUCCAUGAUCAAGAAGGCUCGGGUCUCGGUUCGAGCCCGCUCCGAGGCCACCAUGAUGAACGAUGGGUGUCAAUGGAGGAAGUACGGGCAGAAGAUGGCGAAAGGGAACCCUUGCCCACGAGCUUACUAUCGCUGCACCAUGGCUUCUGGUUGCCCCGUCCGCAAACAGGUGCAAAGGUGUGCAGAGGAGCAGUCAAUCCUGAUAACAACCUACGAAGGCCACCACAACCACCCUCUCCCUCCGGCAGCCAUGACCAUGGCCUCCACAACCUCCGCCGCCGCGUCCAUGCUCCUCUCCGGCUCCAUGCCUUCCGCCGACGGCCUCCCCAACACCAACCUCCUCGCCAAAACUCUCCAACUCACCACCGCCCCACCCACCAGCAUGGCCACUCUCUCCGCCUCCGCCCCUUUCCCCACCGUCACUCUCGACCUAACUGAUCACCCUUCCGCCGCCACGUCACCCUUGCAACGCCAUCAAUCCGCCACCGGCAACACCUUCCCGGUCGCCGCCGCCGCUCAACACCUGUUCAGCCUGCUCCCCGAUGGCAGCAGCAACAAUAAUAGUAAUGGCACUGCUUCAGGCCCUCCGUCGUCGUCUGACAUUGUUAGUGCGGCCACGGCGGCUAUAACGGCCGACCCGAACUUCACGGCGGCACUGCUGGCGGCGGUGACUUCUUUCAUUGGGAAUGGGCACCUUGACAACACCACUUGAUUGCUCUUUUUUUGUUAGUGACUUAAUUUGUAGCUGUUAAUUACUGGGGUUGCUGUUGAGAUCGAUCUUAGUUUUGGAUUUCUUUGUUAAUAAUUUUCUGGUUUAGCGGCCAAUAUAAUUGAGCUAGCUAGCUAGAUAGUCCGCUUUUGGGUUUUAUGAUGUGUGUUUUUCAGUUUUGUAGUUUAAAAUCAGGUUAGCUAUGGAGAUAUGAGCAUCAUAAUUCGUGUUAUUGUUUGGAUUUUAGUGAGAAAUUUAAGAAAUUGUCAGGACAAAU